GAUCGUGCGCACGUGUUGAAGCGUCGAGCAUCAUCGUGUCAACGGACGGAUCUGGACAGGCUCGAAUUAGACAGGGACAAGAUGCCUACUUCGUUGUUUGAGGGAUCAUCCACACAUGAAUACACGGAUGGCCAACAGAUCGCAAUGGUUAUUCCAAGCACUCGGAAAGGCCACAACAAUAAUAAUAGCCUCCAGCCAAAUCAUCACAGUGAUGAGCCAUCUCAGCAUCACGUUUACUCGUCUGAUCAUAAGACGGAGAAUGGAUGCCCUCGACCUGAACUUGUAUCCGGAGCUGGUGAUACCGUACUGAAACUGAAUGUCGGUGGAAUGUCUUUUCGAAUUCGCAUGACCAGCUUGUUUUCGCGAACCGAAGAGGAGAAGCUGGUGAUGUUCGCUCAAAUGGAUCAUGAAAAGCGGACGCGCUCUUGCGAUGCAUAUAUUGUCGAUGCCGAGGAGUACUACUUUGAGCGAUCGUCGAUAUUGUUUGAUGCCGUGUUCAAGUAUUACGCAACUGGACAACUGCAUCGACCCCUUGAUGUUUGUCCACAGGAAUUUUCAAAUGAAUUGUCGUAUUGGAAAAUUCCCGAAUCUGUGAUGUCGACGUGUUGUUGGCGAGGCUAUAACCAAUUAAGCGCUUCCAUUGAGGAGCUUACCCACAAAAAAGAUAAAAAUUUGGAGAUGAGGGACCGUUCACUCCGCAGUCGAAUACAUCACUUCUGUGAAGGAGAUGGAUCGUUGUUGUCUACACUUUUCACUUUUGGCAGCAUCUCUUUCGUGUUGAUAUCCGUCAUCGGUCUCAUACUGGGAUCAAUUCAUGAGUUUCAGGUACCCAUUGUGAAGCAUGGAAGGGUAUCGACUCGCGUUAGCAACCUCAGUGCAGAUGCCGACGAGACACGCUAUGAAGUAAAUGAUCCAAACGUGAUAUGGGAGCCGCAUCCAGCGUUUGGCUACAUCGAAACCACAUGUAUUAUUUGGUUCACAUUUGAAUUUAUAUUAAGACUCGUCGUUACCCCUUCAAGGCUGCAAUUUCUCGUGGGUAUCAUGAAUGUUGUCGAUAUGGUGGCAAUAAUUCCAUUCUACUUGGAACUAACGCUGGCUAUGUUUGGAGUUGACGUCGCCAGCCUCAGUGAUAUAAAAGGUGCUUUACUCGUCGUUCGAGUGCUUCGAGUACUUCGAGUGGUGCGAAUUCUCAAACUCGGCAGAUACUCAUCUGGAAUGCGAACGUUUGCGUUGACGCUACGCAGUUCAGCUCGACAGCUAGGAAUGAUGGGAAUGGUAUUAUCAACCGGUGUUGUCUUCUUUUCAACACUUCUUUACUUUGUCGAAAAAGACGAAGUAGACACGCCAUUCACUUCCAUACCAGCAGCUUUUUGGUGGGCAAUUGUAACAAUGACGACGGUCGGGUACGGUGACUAUGUGCCAGUCACAAUUCCCGGAAAGCUGAUUGCGUCAGGAGCGAUCAUUAGCGGAGUGUUGGUCUUAGCCUUACCCAUCACAAUCAUCGUUGACAACUUUAUGAAAGUGUCCGGAAACUCAGGUCGUAUGUUCCCAUCGGGAGAAGACGAUCCGAUGAACAUGCAGCCGGAUCCAAUGUGAGCUUGAUCGGCACGAAAUUCCAACAGACAGGGUAAAAUUGUUCAGAUAAUGCAUUCCUGAUCAUCCUAGAGUUGUUGUUUGCGCACAUUGUAAUUUUCAAAAACUGUGCAUCACUAGAUCUGAGCAUGCAAGGAAAUUAGGAACAAAAUUCACUUCCCAGAGCUAUUUGUCUUUGAUGUUGUGAUGAAGCUGCACAAUGAAAUGUGCAAAACAUUUUAUGAAUUUGUUGUGUCAAAAUAUGCAAUUCAUAUAACCAGUAGAACAGGAAUUUCCAAGAAUGUUCACGUGAAUGUUAUGG